AUGACUUUCAUUCCCGAUGAUGCUGUAAAGUUUGUUAAGGAUAGAGGCCUGGUUUCACCUUAUGGAUGGCAUGCUAAAUUCAAUCAGAAGGAGGUCCAUUCAUCACCUCCGAGGCCACCGAGCUUCAAAACAAUUGCAGAGUUUACACCAAUGGCCUUUAGGUACUUGUAUCAAAUUUACUUCCCAAAUAAAAAGGCCAAAACACUGCCUUUCAUGGACCCCCUUAAUCCUGUUCGGAUGGAAUCUAUGUAUGGCGUGCCACUGGGCGGUAUUGGUUGUGGUACUAUAGGGCGCGGUUUUAAGGGAGAAUUUUGUCGUUCAAGCCUUCGUCCAGGAAUAUACAAUCAUAAAGUUAAUGUUACUGAUCAGUUCAUUGUUUCGGUGUUUCGAGAGGACCGAGUUUACCAGAAGGUGCUUUCACCACAUACUAGUGGUUCUGGCAUUCCCCACAGUUUGUCGUCUUGGGAGUGGGGAUUUCCUGCCGACCGAGGCCAUUACAUCGGUCUCUAUCCUCGCUCUUGGACUAUCUAUGAACUUCCCGAGGUCGAUUUAAUACUUAUUUGUGAGCAAAUCUCGCCAAUAAUUCCGCAUAACUACAAAGACACUUGCCUUCCAGUCGGAGUAUUCCAGUGGACAGUGCUUAACUUUCACCCAACAGAGGAAGCGCGGGUCUCGAUCACGCUGACUUGGCGCGGUCCACGGUACAAGAAACAUCCACCGCCGCAGGAACAUGGUACCGCGGGUGAGGAGUGCUUCAACUCCCACACAGUGAACGCCUCCGUCAGUGCCAUAAAUGGUGAACUAACCCGCACCUUUGAGGCUGGUGUUCUGCGCGGAUGCCUCAUGGAGACUUGCAUCGGUCACCUAAUGCCUUGCUGCUUUGGAGUUGCUGCCGCCGCCUCAAAUGAGGUUCGCUCUUUAUCAGAUGCGAAUCUGUUCUCUUCAUCCUCGGCUUCUUCCUCCGAGUCACAGGAGGUGCCUUCUCCGACUUUUCCAAGAGCUCACACUCAGGCUCCUCUGGCUGCGCGUUUCUGGAAGGACCUCAAAGCCACAGGUUUGCUGAGCAACGACAAUACUGGUUAUAUAAGCGAAGGGACUAAGAAGCGCUCCAGUUUAGUGAUGGCCGUGUGUGCUACAUGUGUUGUGUCGCCAUCUUGCACCACUCUCGCUACUGUCUCUCAUCGGCCAUCGGAGAUUGCGGAAGCGGGCUCAAGCACCCUCCACUUCUUCGUCACUUGGCACAUCCCCCGAGUCCAUUUUCGCUCAGCUAUCGUAACUUACCGACGCCUGGAUUUUGUAAAAAUCUAG